CAUCGGCAAAAGCCACCCAGCCACGAUCAUUUCAGUACCGGGUGCGACCAAGAUGGCGGCACCUGCUCGCGAAACUCCAGUAGGCUGCGCUUUAACGUUCACGUCAGAAAGGAAUCCACCUGACAAAUCCAGAAGCAAAGAUGUACACCAAGAAGAUCAACACGAAAAAUGACAUGCAGAACACGGUCACGAUGGCGUCGUUCCACGGCCACAGUCCGUGCGCCCCCGGACCGAUUCGAAUCCCGAACUCGCCCAUGCUGGAGUGCCGGCACCGCUACCUGGAGCAGAUGAAGACGACCUUCUCGACGGUGCAGGUGUCGUUCGUCAACACGACCUGCCCGAAGCCCCAGGAAUGCUUCUCGUCCAGCGAGUAUGGCGAGAGUGUGUCCAAGACAGGGAAGGCCAUUGCUGACAGCUUCCAAGCGCCGCCGCCCUGCUGCAUCGUGGGACCGUGCUAUCCGUACUGCUUCUGAGUGUCUUCGAAAUUUUGAAUUGCCAAAUUUGUAGUUGAAAAAUUGUAUCAAUAAAGCCCGCCUAGAUACAAAUAC